AGCAGUUUCAUCUUACGAACAGCGAAACUGAUCUUCGGCGAUUUAAUAAGAAAGUGCAAUUAAUGAAAGAAGUUCGGAAACAAUACCAGGGGAUCUAAUAUUAUUUUUACCGUAUUUAAUCAACCAUGUCAACCAUGAGGAACUUGCUGUGUAUUUUGUUAUUUGUAACAACUGGUCUUUUGGAGUUUUGCAGAUCACAAUGCACGAAGCCGAGUAAUUUGGAUCCAUUCUUGUCUGUGCCUGAUGGUCCAUAUUACGAGGGUCAAUUUAUACAAAUCUCUUGCCGUAUGGGAACCCUGUCGGGAGCUACUUUCACUGUUUGUAGUGGAGGAUCAUUUACUAACUCAUUAGAAGACAUCACGUGUGAUCUUGGCUGCGAGUCACCUAAAACGGGACAGGAAUCACUUAGUGUCGUCGGGGGAGAUACGGCACCCUACGCACAUCACACUGUUGUAAUGGUUCAAUGUGCUACUGGCUACUUGGAGCCUCUGGAAGGUCCAGCUUCAUCAACAUGUAAUAAUGGAACUUGGGAGCCAGAUCUUAGCCAGACAAAAUGCCAAGCUCCAUGUUUAGCACCUACUGGGACUUUUCAAGAAGGUAACACAUCACUACACGGUUCAAUAACCAACCUUACCUGCAUGCUCAACGGAGACUCUGCAUUGCUCGAAUGCAACGACGGAGUUUUCUCUGAUCCUACUUUCAGAUGUCCAGUUUGUUCGAGACCAGACGAUAUAGACACUAAUAUCGUUCUGAAUUCAGGUGUAGAUACAUUCUAUAAUGGUGAAUUUGUUAGUAUCAACUGCGCAGAAGGUUCAACGAGGAGUGGGAGUGCACCAUUCACAUUCUGUUCCGCAUCCGACAGUUCGUUUCAGACCACUUUAUCUGCUACAACAUGCAACUUGGAUUGUUAUGACCCUGCCUUAAACCAAACAACAUUGCUAUCUACUGGUGAUGUGUACACUCACCAUUCGACUGCUUCGCUAUCCUGUGCCGAAGGAUACGGAAACCUACAGGGCGCCAAUCAACUAACAUGUAACAAUGGAACAUGGGAUCCAAGCCCAAGCUCAACUUCAUGUGAUGUUUAUUGUCUGUCGCCACCAAAUGCGGACCCAGAAGGAUCAUAUGCUCCGGGUGAUAGCGUGGAAUUUACUUGCCAAUACGAUAACUCGAUGUCGCUCCUACUCACAUGCAAUGGGGAAGCAGGACAAUGGGACCAGAAUCUAGAAUGCCCUGAUCCACCAACAACAAUGGAAAUCGGAACAACAGAGACGACAACAGAUUAUUUACAAACGGAAACUGACAUGCUUAUAACUAGUACAGCAGAUAUAUACAACACCGAGCUGACCACCGAGAUGCAAGAAACUAUGGAAGGGCAUACUUCCGAAUCUGAAACAGCUACAAUAGGGAAAACUGACAUUACUGGUGAUUUUAAGACAGACACAACUUCAACACCAUCGACGGAUUUUCCGACAGCAACCAUUUACCAGGGAACAGAAGACGCGACUGCAGUAGUUUUAACGGACGUUACCACGACUGGAGGUUCUGUUGUUGACGUAACAGAAAUUCCGUUUGCUACCACUUUAAAAAAUUCAUUUUCUUCCGAACAAAUCACUGAAUUAGAUGUCUCAACUAGAACGGUAGAAACGACAGACAUGUCUUCAGAAGUGUUGACGGACUUUACCGUUAGCGAAGGAUUAACAGAGGACGCAACGAGUGUUCCAACUUUAAUGACUAAACUUAUCACUGAACAAACAACUCGACAAGAUGUAUCAUCUAGAACGAUUGCCAUGACAGACCCAUCAACAGAAGGCAUAACUGACUUUUCUGCUUCUCUAGGAUUUACGGAGGAAGUAACGGACAUUUCAACAGCAACCGAACCAUCUACUGAGCUCAAUGCCUCUACAGGAACUUUAGGUGUAACAUACAUAUCUACAGGUGUCACAUCGGACGCAAGGCCUACCACUAUCCCUACAGAGCUUACAGAUGAAAUAACGAAUACAUUGAUACCAACGACUGAAAUAGUAAAUGUACAAACCACCGGACAAGAAUUCUCUACAAGAAUGACACCAAUGACAGACAUGACCACGGAAGUCGUGACAGACGUUACUGUUACUGAAGGUUUAACGCCAACAAAUGAAAUUUCCACAGGUCGAACCACAGAACUGGGAGUCUCUACGGGAACAACACGUAUGACAGACAUGACAACGGAAGUCAUGACGGACGUUACUGCUACUCAAGGAUUAACGCCAACAACUGGGUUGUAUAAAGAGCAAACCACUGAAUUGGAAGUCCUUACGGGAACAACUGGUUUGACAGACUUAUCUACGGAAGUCAUGACGGACGCUACUUUUACUGAAGGAUUCAGCGCAACGACUGGAGUUUUCACAGGUCGAACCACUGAACUGGGUAUCUCUACCGGAACAACAGGUAUGGCAUAUUCCUCACAAUAUUCCUCUUACAUUACUGAAAUCGUAGAUUUUACCGGCGAGACAGACCAAACUGAACCACAUCAGAGUACGGACUUGACGGAGGAGACAACGACUGAAUCCAUGAUUCAAACUAAAGGCGUAACUCCCGAAAGCAUACUUACCGAUAUUAUUACUGAAAUGCAAACCGAAAUGCCAACGGAAUUUCAAAAAGAUGGUCUAACGACGAAUAUAGAGAUCGUCAUAACUACCGACCUUUUUAGAGAUCCGGUUACAGACUCUGAUACGGAAUUAACGACAGAUAUGAAAGAUCUACUGACCACUCAUUUUACAAUUACUCCUGAAAAGGGAACUAAGCAAACUGUUGAAGUGACAGCCCAACCUACAAAAUCAUACACUGAUAUGACGGAAGAAAUGAUAACUGAAUUGUCAACUGAUGGUACUGCGACUCCGAAACCCACUCUUCAAAACACAGACCAUAGUACUGGAACGGUUGCAGAUGUGAUCGUAACAGAAAAGAUCACCGGAUUGCUUAUAACUACAGACCUUACGGGUGAAUCCUCUACCGAUAAUCCUAAGACAGUUCAAACUACAGACUCGACGAAAGAACCUAUUUUAGAUAUGACGACAGGAACAUUGACUCGUCUAAUUACACAAACUGUUACUGAUUUCUCUACACGAACUAAUCAAGUAACGGGACUUGCUACACAAGAAAUUACUCAAGCUUUUCCAGUUACCGACUUAACACAUGAAUUGACACAAACAUUUCAACCAACGGAUCUAUUUACAGAAAAAGGGACACAAACACUUCAAGUAACGGAUUUUCCUACAAAUGAAUUGAUACAUACUGUUCAGAAUACGAAUAUACCUACAGAGGAUAUCAAACGCACUAUUCAAGUUUCGGAUUCACCUACACAUGUAGUUACACAAACUAUUGAAGUUACGGACUUACCUACACAUGUAGUUACACAAACUCAUCAAGUGACGGAUUCUCUUACAGAUGUAGUUACACAAACUAUUCAAGUUACGGGUUCACCCACACAUGUAGUUACAAAAACUGCUCAAGUGACGGAUUCACCUACACAUGCAGUUACACAAACUAUUCAGGUUACGGACUUACCCACACAUGUAGUUACACAAACUGCUCAAGUGACGGAUUCACCUACAGAUGUAGUUACACAAACUGUUCAAGUUACGGAUUUCCUAACAAAUGAAUUGACAAAAACUGUUCAAGUUACAGAUUCAUCUUCACAGAAAAGUACAUUCAUUACGACCGAACAGAAGACUUCACUCCCAACUGACAUAGUAACUGUAACCGAUGAUACUAGAACUAAUACUACACUUAUUUUCACGGAUUCAGGAACUGGGCAAACCCAAUCUAGUUCUGUUCUGAUCACAGAUCAAACGACUGAAAUAACUCCACAUCCAACAACUCCACAAGAGACAGGGCUCACAUCGGCUAUAAAGACAAUGGAGCCAACUGAAAGAAGAACGACUAGCCCGAUCGAGGAAGGUUCCACUGUUCUUGAAGGCACUUGGGUCAUCACAGGAAUCAAUGGUACGGAGGCAAAUUUCACGGAAGAUCUAAAUGAUCCAAACAGCGAGGCAUACAGAAAUUUGGCGGAAGCUUUAGAAAUGGCGAUCAGAGACCUGCUUGUCGAACAGCUUGGUCAGACUUCCCUUAUUGAGGUACGUAUAGAUGGGUUUUCUGCUGGAAGCAUCGUAGUUGACUUUACACUGAUCUUUAACACAAACUUCACCGGAAACGCGUCAGUGCUACAAGAUCUUAUUGUCGAAGCAGUAACUGCAGAUGAUGGUUUUGUUAACGGUACUCUAAGUCCAACUGUUUUGAGACUAAUCGCCGAACUUAUAAGCGUCAUUGAUGUAACAUCAUUGACGGGAACUACCAUUGCGACAACAGAAGGUUCCAUUUUUUCAACAUCAACCGAUGUGGCUUCAGAAGCUACCACUGACCUGACCGAUACGGUGACCAAGGUAACGACAUCAGUUCUCACUACAGAAAAUCCAACAGACACAGAAUUGAUUACGACCGACAAACUGACAGGAUCAGUAGCCUCGACACGCUCAACGCCCUUAACAGAUAUUACUACCGAUCUAACUACUGAUGUCCCCUCCAGUCCACAGACAAUGUCAACUGCUGAAACAGAGCUAACAACAACCAUCGACAGCUCAGGAAUCGAUAAGACGCUAUCCACAGAUUCGACUUCCGAACUGAAUACAGAUACUCAAGAGACAACGCCAACUAUUGGCACUGUACAAGAUUCAGCAACCAUCAGCACGGGAACAUUACAGGUAGUGACCACCACGAGCAAUGGCCAAUCCACACUGACAGAUGAAACGUACUCUACUGACAUAAGAACUGACCCUAUUUCGGACUCGACAUCCACGUCAGAGACAAUGUCAUCUCUUACCACAAGUCAAACUGGUAAUACCAUCAUUGCAGCUACCAACCAGGAAACCACCGUUUUAACUACAUAUAUGACAUUGUCUACUGAUUUAACAACUGAUCUUACAACGGAUUCAACCAUCACUUCGCAGACAACGCUACCUCAUACAUCAGAGCCAGUUACAUCCCACAUCAUCACAGGGACAGAAACGGUAACGUCAAGUUCGACCCUCGAAAGUUCCACGAUGACAGGGACGCCCUCUAUGGAUUCAACGACUGUCCUUACGACGGAACAACACUCCACUCCCCAAACGAUGUCUACUCACGCCACGGAGUCGGUUACAACCACUAUCAACACUGGACCAGAAACGGUUACGGCAAGUACGACCGACGAAAGUUCCACGUUGACAGAUGGACGUGCCUCUACGGAUUCGACAGUUGAUCUUACGACAGUUGCAGUCUCAACCCCAUCGACAAUGCCAACUCCUGUCACAAGUGCAAAUACCUACACUACCGAGGGAGCUGACAAAACAACCGACGGAAUGGACCGAACCACAUCCGAAGAUUUGACGACCUUACGACCAACGUCGAGUGUUCAAACGACAGGCCCGCAAACUACCAAAGCUUCUACGCAGCCAACGGAGAGGAGAGCAACUACAAAACCAGCUACAACAUCCAGGGCAGAGCCGUGUGGAAACAAUACAUGCGGAGCCGAAGAGUUCUGCUCAUCCAUCGGAUCAGCUUGCGAAUGCCUUCCUGGAAAAAUACGACGAGACAAUGGACAGUGCAGUGAUGGAUGCAACAACACAUGUAACUUUGACACAGAACUCUGUGAAGGAACCGAAUGCGCAUGCAGGCCAGGGAGAAGAAGGGACACAGCUGGAAAUUGCGAAAAUUUCUUAGAGUAUUCGGUUUCGUGGACCAUCAUCCAGGUCAACAGUUCUGAAGCUAACUUUACAGAUAAUCUUAACGAUCCGACCAGUGAGGCGUACCAAACGCUUGCCGAAGCCGUCUCUAACGCGAUACGUGAGCUUCUUUUAGAAAGGCUGAGCGAUCAGAUAGGUGAAGGAACCCUCAUUGAAGUACAGAUAAAUGGCUUUCGGGAAGGCAGCAUCGUUGCUGAUUUCACCAUUGCAUUUACUUCUGCUUUGCUGUCUAAGCAAGGGGAUAACCUCCAAAGUGAAAUGUAUAACCAAAUAAAAAAUGAAAAUCACUUUGCCAACGACACGUCUACAGCUACAUCACUGCUGAUGCUUCAGAGUGCGAGUGGUUUAGUGGUAACAGAAUUGAACGAUGGGGAGUGUACUGAUACGAGUUGUGACGAGAACGCCCUCUGUGUUAUCGUGUCGAAAACCGAGAACCCGGAUGGGUUCGUGUGCGAAUGCACUGAUGGAUUCACCAAUGUGCUCCAAGGGGAUUCAACAAGUAUCCUCGACUGCAGAGAGGACACUGGGACUACUGAACAACCGUCAUCCGGCUUAGCACCCUGGGAGGCAGUCAUCAUUGCGCUCAGCACAUGCGCAGUAGCAGCAUUACUUUCCUUCUUCUGCUGUCUUGCUUACAUGAUAAUGGUCCAACGGAGACGAUAUUACAAGCAGCGGUUCCAGGACGACCUUCGUCCCGAUCCUCUACGUAAAGAGCGUGGAUAUUCAAACGAUGAUAUCAUUCUACGUAAUGGGAAUUACUACGAUGCUGGAUUGUACGCUGAAGAACGAGGCGCUGAUGGACCCAUGUUCUUUGCUAAAGUCUUCGAUGGGUCAGAAUCGCUUGGAUCCAGUGUUGACUCGGCACUCGACCCCGAAAUCGAGAGAUACGGACACUCCCUCAUGAGGAUGAGACAGCCACCGGGGCGCGGUCCAAACAUUCUGCCUGAGACUGCGUUAGUGCCCAUCUCUAGCCAUCGCAGGUCGACUGAUAGAAGGGCAAAUGAGGGUCCAGAAUUCUCACCUGAUUUAUUGGUCAAGGAACCUGGUAUUAUCUUCAACGACUUGGCUAUGCAUUAAACCUGGGACUCCCGUAAUCGUGGAAUACAAGACAGUUUGAAGAUCCCACCAUGAGCUGAUGGUGAAACAAAUCAAAUCGACAUAACUAGUUUCAUUACAGAAUUUGUUUCAUCAUCUCCUAUUUAUUAUUAUUUUUUACGAUGGUUUUAUCACAAAUAAUCAAGACGAAGUGUAAACAGUAAUUGUAGCUUUAGCAGAUUAAACAUUACGUUGCAAAAAAAAGAAAGAAGAUUCUGUGUUAUCAAUAGAGAUGGUAGGGAGUUUUUGUUACUACAACGGGAGCUAGUAAACACGGUAAAUGUAUUAAAAGUGCCCGUCAGAGAACAAACAAAAGAACACCUAGGGUUCUUUGUCAAACAUUGGUAAACUGGAACACCAGUUUCACUCUGAAUGUCGGAGCUGACGCGAAAUUGUGAAUACGUCAUGAAUAUGUCAUUAAUCCAGAAAGUCUAGAAAGAAACUUGCAAUUUGAUUCACCAAUUUUUUAGAAAGAUUUGUCACUUAUGCUUUUUCAUUAAGGACAUUUUGAUAUUAAGUUAUGUUCUUG